CGACGAAUAAUUAACAGGCAUGUCAGGCAAUGAUGAUUACAAUAGGUAUCUGCAACCUGAAAAUGCAGGGGGAAGAGCCUAUCACAGCCAGUAUGGCGAUAAUAGAAAUGAAUUGCCGCCAGCGAGCUCUCACUCUCACAGUGGUAGACGCAAAGGGCUGGUGAGCGGUCUUGUCAAAAGCGUGGCCGCUGGUAUAGGUCUGGCCUCUGAGAGCUACCACAACCAUCAAGAGAAGAAGAAAGCACAGGCAGCUACCACAGCCGGAGAAAGCUCAAGAGCGAUUGAGAACGAUGGAGUGCAACCGCAGCCUCACGGCUCACAUCAAAGUGAUGAAUACGGCUCUUCAGAUAGCGAUGAACAUGAUCGGCCUGUAAAAGCUGACCCAGAGACAUCUAGAGAUUUGGAAGAGGCAGCGUGGAGCCUUGAUGCCGCUCAAUCACAGCUGGAGCCACCACCCGACUAUGCUACCGUCAUGGAACAAGACAUUGACGCCAAUGCAAUGGCUGAAGGCUUUGUACGAAAUCAUACGAUUCCACCAAUCCAUCAGGCUCAAUCUCAUAAAUUACCAAUGCCUGUGAUCCUUCCACAACGGCGACCAGGAGAGCGAGCCCGUGGAUUCAUAAAUGCUUAUGCACCGCUACUACAGAACGCGGGCAUUGAUCAGGCGACAUUUAUGGAUUUCAUCAAAGAGCUGAACCUGGCAACUGCACCAUCGCCAUGGAUCCACGCCAUCAACCUCGCGGCUGUUGCUGUGCAGAACGUUCCCGAGCCUAUCACAAUUGCCGUCUCCAUUGCCGCACAGAGAGCUACCCAAGUGAGCCUCCAAGCACACAGCCGCUCCAAGACGAACGCUUUUUUGAACAAAGUAAAUGCGGAAUUUUUCCUCCCGCUUGGGUUGAUAGCCAUCAUCAUGACUUGGAAGCCGAGCACGCCUGGCGAGGUUGUCACACAGGUCACGUUUGACGCGGCCAUAGAUCAAGCCGCACAGAAUGCUUCAGGUUCAGGGACAGGAGGAAGCAGUGGAGUCCGCAAUAAAAUGCAAGCUUCUCAUGGAACAACGAAUUUCGAGUGGCCUGAGUCGGCGCCAUUAAUAUUUCCAACCUUGGACAAGCUCUCUAGCACUGCCGAAGGUCGACAGGCGGUGGAAGAUGCUGAAAAGAAGCAACCUAACAGCAUGAAGCGCAGCAUGUUGUUCGCGAUGGACUAUAUGGAUAAAAGAGCUCAGGCUCAAUGGGCCAACGAUCAUCCAGAGAGCCAGCUUUCUCAAUUAGGCGUCAAGCCUGAGUUUCACUCACGCUACGCGGAUCCCAACCAUCCAGCUAGUAGCGGCAGUAUCUUGGCCUUGCUGACAGGCGGUGCCGCCGGCGGCGGUAUAAGCCAACGGAGGCAAGCUAAACAUGCUAGAAGGGAUGCUCGACGUGAUCGGAGAUCAGAUAAGAGAGAGGCAAAAAGAGAGGAAAGAGGACCAACGAUCAUAGGAACAGUUGGACCCAGGGCUCUACUUCGCGGUGUUAAGAAAUUUAUACAUGAGGAUGUCUUAUAUCUAAUGAUCACUAACUUGCCGUCAGCUGAAGAGAUGAGAGCAGCUGAACAAUUCCUGCAGGCACACCCCGUACAAGGCUAAAUUAACGGAGAAUAGUAAAAUAUGCGUAAUUAUUAACAUUGGAAUAUAGUUCCAUAGCCAAAC